AUGUCCGAACCUCAGAUCGCCCCAUAUGGAGAAUGGACGAGUCCAAUCACCGCGGGUCACUUAUCCAGCGGAAGCGUCCAUCUCGAAGGCAUCCAGACAAACCCCUCAACUGGUCAAAUAUACGCUCUUGAGUCCCGCCCCGCAGAAGGCGGCCGACACGCAAUCGUCGAGAUCCUCGCAUCAACGUCAACAUCACCGUCGACUCGCGAUGUCCUCCCGGCGGGGUACAACGCCAUGGGCGCGAUCCACGAAUACGGCGGCGGCUCAUUCCUCGUCUACCCGGACGAAGAUACUGUCCUCUUCACAGACUAUCCUCGCAACGGCAUCUUCUCGCUGAACCCGAGAUCUGGAGAGGUUACGACAAUCGUCCCCCCAAAUCCACAUAUCCGCUACGGAAACUUCCACGUCUACCCAAAGAGGCACGAGUGGAUCCUUGCCGUACGAGAAACGCAUGGUCCGCGGGGCGCAGAUGAGAAUAGCGUCGUCGCCAUCCACGCUCUGACAGGGGAAGUGUCCACCGUCGCCCAGGGCGCGGACUUUUACCAGCAUCCGCAGUUUAGUCCCGAUGGGAGGUAUGUCUCCUGGAUUCAGUGGAAUCAUCCUGAUAUGCCGUGGACGGGGAGCGUUCUGCAUGUUGCGGUGUGGGAGGCGCGGAGGGUUCUUACGGAUAUGGAGACUAUUGUCGUCGCUGGCCAGCCUGGAGCGGAGAGUAUCUGUCAGCCGAGAUGGGGGCCGGAUGGGACGUUGUUUUUUGUUAGUGAUAGGAGUGGGUUUUGGCAGCUUUAUCGGUGGGACGCCACUGGGUCUGGAACUGGGGUAGAGAUUGAGGGAGAGGUGAAGAUGAUUGAGUUGAAGGGUUUAGAGUGUGCAGAGUUUGGAAGUCGGGAGCCUUGUCUUGGGAAUUGCACGUAUGUUCUUCUCGAUGAGAACACGCUCGUUGCAUCGGCAGUCCAGAAUGCGACCGCCAAUCUCGUUAAGAUCGAUCUGAGGAUAGAUACAUGGGAGGACCUUGACCUCCCCCUGGUCGACAUCCAGAAGAAUGCCCUCGCACCUCUCUCACCAACCUCCUUCGUUGUCAUAGGCAGCACGCGCACAUCCUCGCAAGCCGUCUACCAAGUCGACCUCGCAAAUGAUACGAAUCCAACCCUGAACCUAAUCUACACAACCACCACCAACCCUCUCCCGCCAUCUCUAAUCUCCCCAGCAACUCACAUAACCUUUCCCCGCAUCCACAGCCAAAGCCACAGCACCUCCAAACCCCUCCCAACGCACGCCCACGCAGUCUUCAACCCCCCGCUCAACCCCUCCUACACCGGUACCCCCAGCACUCUCCCCCCACUCCUUCUCUGGAUGCACGGCGGGCCCACAACCCACGUCCCCCCUUCCCUCGCUUUAUCUGUUCAAUACUGGACCUCCCGCGGCUACGCCUACGCAUCGCUAAACCACAUCGGGUCAACGGGGUACGGCCGGGCCUACCGCUCCGCGCUAAAUCAGCACUGGGGUGUAGAAGAUAUAGCCGAUGCAGCGAGUUGCGUGGCGUACCUCGCGGAGCAGAAGCUCAUCGAUAGAAACCGAGUCGGGAUCGUCGGCGAGAGUGCGGGCGGGUAUGCCGUCCUCCAGGCUCUGACUACAUACCCGGAUCUCUGGGCUGCCGGUAUAAGUCUGUAUGGGAUCUCGGAUCUCGCGGCGUUUGCGAGGAUCACACACAAGUUCGAGUCGAGGUAUAUCGUCAGCCUUGUUCUGGGCUUUGGGGGUGAAGCCUGGUCCGAAGAGAAGAGGGAAGAGGUAUAUCGGUCUCGGAGCGCGGUGUAUUUUGCCGAUAGGGUGAAAGCUCCGCUUUUCUUGCUCCAGGGGGAUGAAGAUACGAUUGUUCCUCUCGAGCAGGCGGUGCAGAUGAGGGAUGUGCUGAGGGAGAAAGGGAAGGGCGUUGAGAUGGUUGUUUUUGAGGGGGAGGGACAUGGGUGGGCAAAAGGGGAGACUAUCAAGAGAUCCCUCGAGUUGGAAGAGGAGUUUUGGGGGAGAAUGUUACUGUGA